AUGUUGAGUGCUCCUGCUAGAGUUGGACACGUGACUGCUACUGAUUUGGAUGAGGGACAGAAUGCACGGAUUACUUAUUACUUAUCAGCUGAGGAUGGGCAUAAUCCAUUUAGUAUCCAACAGGAUGGAACCAUUUUGGUUAAUGGCUAUGUAGACCGAGAAACUAAAGAGAAGUAUGAGCUGCUGUUGGUGGCAUCUGAUAACGGAGUACCUCAAAGGCAGAAUUUCACAUAUGUCAGCAUUCAAGUAUUAGAUGUGAAUGAUAACCCUCCUCAGUUUACAAAAGCACAAUACUCAGCCAGCGUGCGUGUAGCUACAGCAAAAGAAGGAGUGUCUGUACUGUCAGUGUCUGCUACUGAUCACGAUGUUGGGAACAAUUCUGUUAUUUCAUACAGUCUCAUGAACCAUUCCGAUGAUUUCCAUAUAGAUAGCCGCACGGCAGAAAUCACCCUCAGCAGUAAUUUGGACCAUAUCACAGCUGACACAGUUGUUACACUGAUAGUUAUUGCUGUUGAUCACGGAGUUCCUCAGCUUACAUCAAAUGCCUCUGUUACUCUCUACUUGCUGGUAAACGACACUAGCUUUGGACUGACUUUUGAUAGACCCAGCUAUGAGUUCAGCAUUCAAGAAGGUGAACCAGCUGGAAUGACUGUUGGCUCUGUGAAGGCUCUGACUGGAAGCACAGCCGUACAAGUAGUGUACUCUCUGAAAUCUCAUAGUGACAAGUUCUCUGUUAGUGACCAAGGAGACAUUGUGGCUCUUGCCAGGCUAGAUCGAGAAGAAAAGGACCUGUACAGCAUCAUUGUAGAAGCUGUUGAUUCUGUGGUGCCACCCAAUACAGCUGUUGCUUUGGUAACUGUGGGAGUAAAUGACAUCAAUGACAAUCCUCCAGUUUUCUCCACAUUGAUUCAAACUAAACUACCGGCUCCUGAGAAUGCAGCUAGUCUAGACUUGGGCAUAUUUUCUGCUACCGAUCUGGAUAUAGGAGUUAAUGCACUUAUAAGAUACUCUCUGCAAGAUGAUUUUGCUGGAAUGUUCCAUAUAGAUAGUUCUACUGGCAAGCUAAUGACAAAAAAAUCCUUAGACAGAGAGAUGAUGGACACUUAUGAAUUGAAAAUAAUAGCCACUGAUUCUGGCAAACCGCCACAAUCUGCAAGCUUAGUUCUAAGCAUCGCUGUAGAAGACGUGAAUGACAACCCACCAGUGUUGCCCCAGAAAUCAUACUCCGUGACUGUGAAAGAGAAUGAGCCUCCGCAUGUGAUUUUGAGUGCAGCAGCCACAGAUGAAGAUAUAGGGUACAACGCCAUUAUUCAUUACACCAUAAUUGGAGAUACUUCUUCAUUUCACAUUGGAGAACUUUCUGGAAAUAUUACAACUCUUCAACCUCUGGACUAUGAAUAUCGUUCCCAGUAUACAUUUAUUCUGAAAGCUUUCAAUCCUGGAGAACCAUAUCUCCAGGGCACAGCAAACAUUACAGUUACCGUGGAAGAUGCUAAUGAAGAAGGACCCAUAUUUGAGAAGCCCUCAUAUUCCCAGAUCCUUCUAGACAAUUCUACAGCUGGCACACUGGUAGUAGAUAUCAAUGCAACAGAUGAAAGCAAGGGUUAUGAUGAAGGCAUUUUCUACGCUAUUUCAGAUGGAAACUCAGAUGGCCUCUUUAGUCUUUCCAGUACCACAGGAGAACUCAUGUUAACAAGAAACUUAUCCAAACAGAUGGUUCCCCUGUAUUAUUCCUUGAUGGUCACUGCUACGGAUUCAGGUCUGCCACCUCUUUCAACUUCUGUAAAGGUGUCAAUAAUGAUAGCUCCCAUCAACACUUCAUUCCCGGUGUUCUCAGAAGCAGUCUAUAAGCCUGCCCCUCUGAGCGAGAAGACACUGCCUGAUACGUUUGUUGUACAGAUCAGUGUGUUGUACGAGGUCCCUGUGGUAUACAGCAUUGUACCUGGAGAUGGAAAGGGGUAUUUCAUUAUCAGUUCAUCCACCGGUAUUGUAAGAACAACAAAGAAUUUGAAAGUGGAAGAUUUUCCAGUUGUUUUCAACGUGCAAGCAACAGAUUCGUCUAAUCCUAGCAUAUUUAGUGAAUGUUCUGUGAAUGUGGAAGUUAUUGAUGAAAAUGAUUUCCCUCCAGUUUUCUCAUCUUCUCUUCUAGAAGUAAGAUUGGAGGAGAAUUCAGCUGCUACUCAGAUCAUCCAGCUGGAAGCUCAGGAUAGGGAUACCGGUAGAAAUGGUUUCCUAAGAUAUGGCAUUCUCAGUGGAGACAGACUAAAAUUCAGGAUAGAUGAAGCAACUGGAAUUAUUUAUUCCACUGCCUCCUUUGAUUAUGAAGAGGAACCUACAGAGUAUCAGGUUGUGAUAUAUGCUGAAGAUGAUGGAAUCCCUGAGAAGAAAAGAGGUUACUGCACAGUUGUCAUAAAGAUCAUUGAUGUUAAUGACUGGCCACCUGUCUUUGAUCCAGUGACUGAAUUCAGCGUAAAUGAAAAUGCACCUGUGGGAUUAAUAGUUGGAAAAAUCACAGCAAUGGACAGAGACACAGGAGACAAUGCCUUUGUUAUCUACAGCCUUACAGGUGGUGGAGGAAAUAUAUUUGAAAUAGAUGAAAUACAUGGCAACAUCAAGAUAAAGAACUCUCCAGACUACGAAACUAUGAAAAAAUACAGCCUUACAGUAAACGCAAUCAACAAUAAAUCUGCUCCUUUCCAUCAGGCAACUACUCAUGUCACUGUUGUAGUGACUGAUGUGAACGAUAAUGCUCCAGUAUUUGCUCAGAAUUCCUAUUCCGCUUCUAUAAACAUGAUUAAUCCUGUAGGUGCUCAUGUCAUAACUGUGAGCGCUACUGACAAAGAUCAGGGGCAAAAUGGCCUUGUCGAGUACUACAUCCUCCCAGAUAAAAAUUUCAGCCCCUUCUUCCUAAUAGAAGAUAUGAGCAAGGGGAAAAUAAUUACAACUGGAAACCUGUCUAGAUCUGGAGAGAUCCAUUUAACAGUGAUGGCUAAGGACAAAGGCUCUCCAUCUUUAAAUGACACUGCUGUGAUUACUCUUAAUGUGUUUGACAACCGUCCAUUUGUUCCACGGUUUAACGAGAGCAAAAUCAGCAUUUCCAUUUUGGAAAACACAGGAGUGGAUUAUCUCAUUUAUGCUUUUACUGUGGUUGAAACUUUAGGAAAACCGAUUGAUUAUACAGUUGUAUCUGGCAAUGAAAAAGGUCAUUUUAGAUUGGAUCCGAAAAGCGGUCAGCUGAGAACAGCAAUUAAUUUGAACUAUGAGGAAGUUUCUCAAUAUGUGAUUUUAAUUGAAGCACGUGAAAAUCUCUUAUCUGCCACACAAGUCCAGCAUUCAGGUCUGUUUGCUCAAAAUGUGGUAAUGCUGACGGUCUUGGUGCAGGAUGUCAAUGAAGAGCCAGCAUUUUUGAAUAAUGCCUACUCUGCUCGGAUACCCAACUCUGUGCUGUACAAGUACCCGGUUAUUACAGUUCAGGCCACAGAUCCGGAUUCAGGAGACAAUGGACUUCUGCUGUACAGCUUAGUGAAUAAUGAAAUGAAUGAAUUUGACAUCGAUGAAAAUACAGGGCAGAUUUUUACAGUUUCUGUAGCAGGAAAGGCUGGAACGUUUUAUCUGGAAGUCCAAGCUGCAGACCAAGGCACAGGAAGCCUCAUGGCCCGGACAACAGUCAAUGUAACCGUUGAUUCUAGUUCCAGUAACAACAUCGUGGUGGUGGUACUAAAUCAGAAGAUCAAUGUUGUUGAAAGAAACCUUGCUGAAGUAAAAAGGGUCCUGGAAGAUAAACUCGCAUGGAACGUAUACAUUGUCGAUGUUCAUUCCAAUGAGUUUGAAAGAAAAGCAAGAAGCAGCACUGAUGUAACCCAUGUAAAAAUUGUUGCUUUCGGUGAGGCAAACCAGGAAAUACCUGCGGAAGAUGUAAAAAGAAAACUUAGGGAGCAGAAGGGUAACAUUGAGAUAGAACUGGAGAAAAUAUUUUCAACAUCUGUUACUGCUGCCAUAGAAGAGGCUCCUGAAGAGUCGGCAACUCCUGAACUCAUCGCAACAAUCGUGCUCAGUGUUCUGCUAGCCUGUACCCUCAUAAUCUUCCUGGUAUAUGUACUUCUUACUAUAAAAAGGAAAAGAAAGUAUAAGCAACAGUAUUUGGUUCAGAAGCGAGCUGAAAUGAUGGAGGGUAUUGCUAAUCCAUGUGCAACUGACAAAAAUGGAACUCUGAAAAGCUUAGAGAAACCAGAGCGCCCGAACGAUGUGAAAACAGAAAUGAUAGCAUUUAGCAACAUGGAAGACACCAAAGCAGGUGAUGCUGACAAAGAUGUAACUCAGGCCUACGAAAAAUGCCAUUACCUUGAGACGCUACUGUUAGAUUACAACGGUGAACAUGAAGAAAAUGCAGCAUCUGAAAAAGCUGCUGAACCUAGAAAUGUAGAUGCCCAGCCCGCUGCAGAGUUCCCAACAAAACUGGAUUGCUUUCUGACAGAUACAAACCAAGAGUCAGAUCUUUCUUUAACACCGUCUGCCUCUGAAAAAGAAAUUAAAGUAAAAUUUUCAGAAGUGGCAAUUAUUUUGGAUCCAGAGCCUGAAGCUGAUGAGCCUGAAGCUGAUGAGCCUGAAGCUGAUGAGCCUGAAGCUAACGAUGUGUUUUUUCAGUAAGAAUGCUUGAUAAAGAAAACUUAAGGAAAACCACAAUGACGCUUAUUGGAACAGUACAUAAUGAAAUGAGGGAUGAGAAUAUGGGAAUGCUAUCCAGAUUUUAAUUCCUGCUCUUCCUGUUGUUUGUGCCAUAAGAGAUGGACAAGGAGGAAAAUAAGCAAUAGGCUAGAAGGGCUGCAGCGUGGAUGUCGCGCACCGUUCCUUUCCUCAAUGCAGUGCAAUCUUACUGUGCAUGUGGAAAUGGGCAAGACAAUAAAAACCAUUCCACAGGUGCUGCCUUGUCAUUAUUU